AUCUAAACUUGCCAGGCCAGCGAUACCGGCGAUAGCGCAUCACUUUGGGACAAAAGGCAGACUGCCGUGCCAUUCAUAUGGUGUCGGUUAUCCGUCACGGGACGCGCUACCCAACCACCAAAAAUGUGAAGAAGAUCGCGCGAUUGUUUGAGCUGGUCGUGUCUCACGCGUCGGGUUCAGCCUCGUGGCUAAAUGACAUCAAGACAUGGAAGAUGUGGUACACUGAAGACAUGGACGGCAGACUGGUGGAGAAAGGGCGCGAUGACCACAGGCAUUUGGCUAUGAGACUGGCACAGUCUUUUCCCACUUUGAUUUCUGAGGAUCAUCUCCGUGCCAACCGCAUUGAGUUCAUCACCAGCUCCAAGCAUCGCUGUGUUGAUAGUGUCAAAGCUUUUCAAGAGGGUCUUCACCGACUCUGGGAUGUUCAGGAUAUGGAUUACAAACACUAUGUGGAUGAUUCACUCAUGAGAUUCUUUGACCAUUGUGAGAGAUUUGUUGAAAGUGUUGAGAAAAACAAAACCGCUUUGAAAGAGGUAGAACGCUUUAAAUCUUCAGCAGAAAUGGAUGCAGUACGGAGGAAAAUAUCCAGUCGCCUUCAGAUUCCAUACAGUCAAUUCACCCCAG